GUAGGGUCCCCCGGUACUCAAGAGCGAUAACGUAGAAUUGUGGAAUUUUAAUGCAUCCGCGGUAAUCGUAAGCUUUAUCAGUUUGGGAAGCAGAGCAGAGUCAUCAUACAGCAAGCAUAUAGAGGAUCUUGCUUUUCUUUCCUCUCUUCCAUUUCUGCACAUGUAUUGAUCCUCGCAGUCAUAUUGAACCGCUACAUUGCAUUCUCAUUACUUGAUGUAUUGAAUGAAAAAUAGUCCAGGUUCCUCUUUCGUUCACGUCAAUCCCCAUCGAAUAUCAGAUCAUUGUCACAUCUUUUCAUUCGUCGUACAAGUCCUGCAUACGAUACGACACAACAUCUCAUCGGCAGAGACAAAGGACUAGGGAACUACCACUUGUCACCCCGCCCCGUCACAACAUCAUCCCUCCACAUCCACAUUAUUACAACAUAUAAACCCUCUCUCCCACCCUGAAUCACUCAAAAAUUACGUUGAAAUGUUCUUAUAACCAAACGAAAGGGAGCAAAAUCAAAAGGCUCCAUCUACACAUCCAUCUAUCAUGCCCAUGUUUCAAGAUGACCUCGGUGACGGCCGAGAGAUAUUGCCCGUUCAAAAACCCAAAUUGACGCCUGUUUCAAUGACACCACCAGAAAGAAGAACGAUCGUGAGGAAAGAUAGUGAAGAAAGCAUUCGGACGGAAUUAUGUGAAGGCCCUGUGCCAGAUACCCCCGAGGGAUCAAAAAGCACACCGGCUUUGGGUUUGGAUACAAGCUUUAAUCAUUCAUACAGCGGAACAUCGGAGAGAGAGGAUCUUAUUGAAAGGUUGAAAAGGGGCGAAAAUUCGAGUUGGUUCCCGAAUUUAAAUUUGGAAUCCCUCCUUCAUGGCCAAAGCCCAGAAACUCCCAUUCGAAAGACCUCGAAUCAUUCGAAUUCAUCUUCCCUGUUGCCAUCUCCCGAUAUAUCUAAUACUAUCAGACCCUCGUCGGUUGACAAACCUAGCUUACAAGCUGGUCUAGAGAUUGAACGGCCAAGGUCCGCAUUACACAGUGGAAAUUUUACUGAAGGUCCGCAGCGAACUAUAUCUGGUAGUCCUGGGCAGGAUAUGAAGAGAUUUGGCACAGUAAAUUUACCAUGGCUAGCUACAUCUCCACCGCGAAAUUUUACUCCCUUUCAACUCGAUCCUCGGUUUCCAUCAGUAGAUAGAGUCGAAGCAGAGUUAAGAACAAGAACUCGUGCACCAUCGUUAUCCUCUUCAUACUCUUCUAGCUUUGUAUUGAAAGCACCAACAAGCCCUCUAGUACAAUCAGAAAGUAACGACGAUUUAGAUUAUACGUCAAAUUUAAAUCCAAUAGACAUUUCUCCCGGGACACCUACAACUAACUCAAGACGUCAUACUUUACAGGCUUCACAUUCAAUAUAUUCAAAUAAUUCUAUACCGGGAUCCACUGCUUUUAACAAACCUUUACCGAGUCUUAGGAGAGACAAUACAUAUCCUUACCAAGCUCAUCAACCUCGGAGAUCUCUCGCCUCCAAUACAAUGCCACACUCGGCAUCUUCUCCGCAAACACCCACCUUCCUGCGGUCAAGGAGACCUUCAUUUUCUGAUUUAUCACCUCUGCAUGCUUCGAUGGUGGGAUCCUACGAAGAGAGUAUCCUUCGGGGUCGAAUGUCUACUACCCCCUCUAAACCACUCGAUUUCGUUGCUCAAAUAGGGGUACUGGGGUUCGGAAAGUGCAAAUCGAGUCUCAAAUGUCCACCUCAUGUGACCUUGUCAUUUCCGGCAGUAUUCUAUGCCUAUGAAUCCACAAGUCAUGGUCGGAGAGGGAAAUCAGAUGAUGGGCCUAGUCCAUAUGUUGGCUGUAUUGAUUUAGAGAAUGGAUUGCCAAGCCCUGAGAAGGCAAAAGACAAUCAAAAGAGGAGGAGACAUGCUACGCUUGACCGAAUACAUAUGGAUGAUCUCGACACCAACCCAUCAAGCUCAGGACAAGUCUCAGAACAAGAAAUUCGUAGAGCAGGAAAGCAAAAACGUCGAUCCACUUCUCCACGAGCACCCCCAGGUGGUAGCUAUCGCAUCCCCGAAAAAGGGCAAUUGCAAAUCAUCAUUAAAAACCCUAACAAAACAGCUGUCAAAUUAUUCCUCGUCCCAUAUGACCUCACUGGAAUGGAACCCGGUACCAAAACAUUCAUCCGUCAGCGUAGCUACUCUGCUGGACCUAUUCUUGACUCGGCCCUCUCAUCUUCACCUCAUCGAUCUGCACCCAUUAUUGAUCCACUCGCCGAAAGACCUACCCUCCGCUAUCUCGUUCAUAUCCAUAUUUGCUCACCAGCUCGAGGUCGCUACUAUCUUUACAAAAGCAUACGAGUCGUCUUUGCCAAUCGUGUUCCAGAUGGUAAAGAAAAGCUUCAUAACGAAAUCACUUUUCCAGAACCGAGAUUCACUACUUAUAAAGCAAUUCGCGAUUCGAGUCUCGGGGGUGCAGGUGCGGCAUUGGCGGCGGAAAAAGCAUUUCGGAGGAGAAGUUCUGGAUUUCCUCUGAGUGGAAAUAAGAAUUUUGAUUUUGGAGGUGAUGACGGUGCAUCAAGUAGGGGAGUGGUGAAUCCUAUUCCUUUUCAAUUUUCUGCGAAGAGGGGUAUGAUGGGUGGAGAUAAUGGUAUUGGACCAUUGGAUUUAGGGGCAAGGGAAUCAUUGAAUUUGGAACAUAACGUGAGACCGGGUACGGCGUUUGGAGAGGUGGAAAUGGGUAGUAUGGGGACUGGGAUAGGGACGGGAUUAUAUGAGAAGUUGAAAAAAGGCGAUUUGGGGUAUGGUAAUGAUGGGUUCUCUCCAACGAGAACUAACACUCCCGAUAGAGAGGGGAGACAAUCUCCCGCAGAAGGAUUGUUGGCAACGAGAUUGAGGGAAUUAGGUGUAGGGCUCUCGAUGGGGAUGGCUGAUGGGAAUGACAAAGAAAGAGCGGAUCUUGAAAGUGAGAAGCUAGGGGGAAAUUCAUAGAAAUUUUGAGGAUCGAGGUUUGUAAAUAUUGUAAUUACAUUACUUGGAGUAUAAAUUAGCUGGGUAAGUCUAGGGAUGGCUUUUUGGGUAUUGGGAUAUAGCAAUUUGGUAUCGCAUCGCAUCGCAUGGCAUCGCAUGGGUAUAGGAAUCGUUUGGCGCAGUGCGAGUUUCUCGCUUGGAAAUUUUGGCAUAGGACUCGGUUUUAUAGAUUGAACUGGAGCUUGCUGGAUAUACUACUGGUGCUACUUUAGAUAUAUUGGAACUUGUAGUUUGAUUCAUUAUUGGAUAGCUUAAUGCAUGUAUGCAUGUAUGUAUUUUGAAUAGUAAAUUAACGAAAAAUUGAAAAAUUGAAUA